UUUUGCCUCCGAAAAAACAUGAAAUAUUCCAACAAACAAAAAUCCCAACACAGAAUCUGACUCAAAAUAGUCUGAAAAUCCGAGAGCUCUUUCUAAAAAAGAAUUGAGGGAACCCUUUACAAUAGAAUUCUUGAUCAUAUAUAGAAUUCAUCUCCUUCUUGAAACCUUUGCUAAAUUAUCUGUUUUUCCUGUAUUUGUCCGCAAAGGAACCAAAGGGUGGUGGGUUCUGUUUCUGCAUUGCAUUUUGAAGGCUAAUGAUACUAUUUUUAUGUGCAUACAUAUGUAUUGAAGGUGUAAAAAUUGAACCUUGAUAUUGUUUUAUUUGGAGUUUCUAAUGUUGGAUGCAAAAUAGGGUCCCCAAUCCAUCUGGUUUCUUGUUGCAUAGCUUGGAAACAUAUAUAUUUGAUAUAUGUAUAUUGUCUAUACAUUUGUAUGUAUUUUUAUUUCUCCCUUUUAGCUGUGAAGUAUUUGGAAUUCUUUGAACUGGUUGGAAAUAAAGCCGCCAACAAGGCUAAGGUUUUUCGGGUGUUUCUUGGUAUACCUGAAAAAAGGUAAUUGAAUACAUGCCAUAUACAAUUAAAAGAAGGGCAAAAUAUGGGAUGAGCAAUAUUAUAAUGGGAAGGGUGGCCUAUGCAUUUGGUUUUGUUGCUUUGAUUUGUGUUUGGGCAGCAAGAAAUUCAGAAGGGAAUAGGAAGUUUCCCGGAAGCAAUUUAGACAUUGCAGGUCUUUGGCAUGUCCCUGUGAUAGACGAAGAUACGGCCGAGCAAGUAUGGAUCCACUGCAGGGAAGAGUUGGAAGAGAGCACAGAAGCUGCAAAAUUUCUGGAAUAUUAUACUCAACAGGCAGCAACAGGAAGUUAUAGUUACUUAAAACAGGAUAUAGCUCUGUUGAAAAAAAGAACCUUACGGAAGGCUAUUAAAGAUUUGCCUCCCGAAGAGAAGCAGAUUCUGUUGCAGUGCUUAAGAAGGAAAAAUGUUCCGCUUCAUGUUUCGAAUAGUGAGGAUGCAUCCAGUACUUGGUUUAGCAAGUACCAAGAGCUUUUCUCACAAUGGUCCAGUGUUCCCAGGAGGUACCUAAGAGGAAGAAAGUAUACAUUCAUGCCAACAAAUCAUGCUCCAAUUCCAACUCUCGCUCCGUCUCCAGGUCCAGCAACAGUUCCAACUCUUGCUCCGUCUCCAGGUCCUGCAACAGUUCCAACUCUCGCUCCAUCUCCAGGCCCUGCAACUGUAUCACCAAUUUAUGCUCCAGUUCCUUCUGUUGAAGAGCCCACUAGCUCUCCUCCAAUUUUGCAGCCUCCUUCUGCAGCUAUAAAACCUCCAGAAAUGCCUCCAAAAACUCAAAUUCACUCCAAUUCUUCUAAGCCUUUGCCUGUUCAACCUCCAACUAAACCACAGAAUGGUCCUAAUUCUCCUGGAAAUAAUCAGGAGGGUCGAAAUUAUUUAAUUGCUGCGGUGGCUGGAUGUUCUGUUGCGGGAAUCGCCCUUUUAGCUCUGUUGAUAUUAUGUGUUAAGAAUAAAAAGAAAGAAAUAACUCCAAACGAUGGGCAAAGGGAUGGAAAACCUCCUCUGACAGGUUCUUCUCUAAAUGUCAAGAGUGCAUCUGCUGUAACCAGUGCUGAUCCUCAUAAUCCUUUCGAAGCAGAAUCGAAAAUGUCAAAACCUGAGAUGAAUGCAAAUGCUCAUGCAUCAUUACCCCUUCCUCCAGGAAAAUCUGCACCUCCACCACCUAGUCCACCACCUCCUCCUCCUCCUAAACCGCCAGCUCCAAGACCACCUCCACCUCCAAAAGUUGUUCGCCCUCCUAAUCCACCAAAACCUGGUAUGGCAAAGCCUUUACCUCUUGGAGCACAUCAGAGAGGACGUUCUUCUGGGGAUGGGGGAAGUGACUCAUUGGGUGAAUCUGAUGCUCCGAAAGCAAAAUUAAAGCCAUUCUUCUGGGACAAGGUUCUUGCUAAUCCUGAUCACUCUAUGGUUUGGCAUGAAAUAAAAGCCGGCUCAUUCCAGUUUAAUGAGGAGAUGAUGGAGUCCUUAUUCGGAUAUAUACCGGGAGACCAAGGAAAAGAUGAUCGAAGAAAAGCUUCCUCAUCCUUUGACCAACCACAGUAUAUUCAGAUUAUUGAUGCUAAGAAAUCACAGAAUCUAGCAAUUCUUCUCAGAGCCUUAAAUGUGACAACAGAAGAAGUUUAUGAUGCUCUCCAUGAGGGUAAUGAGCUGCCUCCUGAACUCCUACGAACUCUAUUGAAGAUGGCACCAACGACAGAUGAAGAACUAAAACUCAGAUUAUUUGCUGGAGACAUUUCUCAGCUUGGCCCUGCUGAACGUUUUCUCAAGUCCAUGGUUGCAGUUCCAUUUGCCUUCAAACGGAUGGAAUCAUUGUUGCUCAUGAGUUCUCUACAGGAAGAAGUUUCUUCCAUUAAAGAGUCCUUCACAACCUUAGAGGUCGCAUGUAAGGAGCUGAGAAACAGCAGACCGUUCCUGAAACUUCUUGAAGCAGUUCUUAAGACUGGCAACCGCAUGAACGAUGGCACCUUCCGUGGUGGUGCACAGGCAUUCAAGCUUGACACACUUUUGAAACUAUCAGAUGUGAAAGGAACUGAUGGCAAGACCACACUCUUGAACUUUGUAGUGCAGGAAAUUAUUCGAUCCGAAGGAUUAAGAGCAGCACGUAGAUUAAGGGAGAAGCAAAACACGUCCAGUGUGAAGACAGAAGAUCUUGUAGAGGAUCCUGCUCAGGAGUCAGCAGAUUAUCAUCGUAGCCUUGGUCUGCAGGUGGUUUCUGGUUUAAGUAAUGAGCUUGAGAACGUAAGAAAAGCAUCACUUAUUGAUGGCGAGAACUUAAGUGCAGCUGUCACCAAGCUUAGUCAGUCAUUGGUGAAAACUAAAGAGUUUCUGGACACUGAUAUGACAAGUUUGGAGGAAGACAGUAAGUUCCGUGAUACACUCACAAACUUUAUCCAACAUGCGGAACAGGAGAUAACUUGGAUACUAGAAGAAGAGAAGAGGAUAAUGUCUUUGGUUAAGAGCACAGGAGACUACUUCCAUGGAAAUGCAGGGAAGGAUGAAGGCUUGCGUCUCUUUUCUAUUGUUAGUGACUUCUUAAUAAUGCUGGACAAGGCAUGUAAUGUGGUGAGAAACUCCACAAAACUUCCAGCAAAGACUCCUAGAAAAGGGACAUUAGCAACAUCUCCUUCCCAAGAAUCCUGUCCUGAGUCUUUCCCAGACAUACGUAAACGACUAUUUCCUGCAAUCCAGGAGCGACAUAUGGGCGAUUCUAGUUCAGAUGAUGAGAGCUCAAGCCCGUAGCUGUCUGUCUAGGUGUAAGAGUACUUUGGAGCUAAUAUGGCUGGAUAAUAGUAUGCAGAAUCAUCUAAAAAACUAUAUGAGGCCUAAGGUCUGCCUCCUACACUGCAGUUACUCAACAUGCUUUUUAGAGAGAGGGGAAUAGGCAUUUGCCUUCUAUGCUCUCCUAGAGCCGUAGCAGUAGGAAGAAUGACUAUAGUAAAGAUGCCGUAGUAAUGGCUAUAGUAAAGACCAUGUCGUAGUUAUUGCAUGGUCUAGUACAACUAUUCAACGGAGUUAAAUCGCGACCUCUCAACGUUGUAGUCACCUUUGUCUAUGAGAAUAUAACUAUUUCUACUAUAAGUUGGUAAAGGUACUGAAGUCUCCUCAAUAUUUGUUAAAUUCUUUUUAGUAUAAAUUGGAAGUUAAGGAAGUUGGACCAGAUUUGUACA